UUUCACGUCGAUCACCGAGCUUGUAAUAAAAAUUAAAAACUGAAGGUUUUAAAAUGAUACGGUCUACGUUUCGGAAAGAAAUGAGAAAACAUCUACUCGUCUCAAUUAUCCCGAAAUCAAUGAUUCUAAAUAGUUUCCCGUAAGAUCAACAAUUUCCUAAAAUACAUAAGGUUUGAAGGAACCAAAAACUGUUUAUCCACGUUUAGAAAGGACAGGGAGAAAAUAUAGUUCCUCAUCUUCCAUACAUGUAACAAGAACCCUUUACGAGAGCAACAUCAUUGGGUGAAUGGACCGCCUCGCACACCUCUCCAACACCUUCCCUGUUUUGAGUACUGAGCUAAGGCUGCGUGACCGUAGUGCAGCAGCCAAACAGCCUACUUCUACCAAAGUUCAAGACAGACCAAUCUGCUGGAUGCGAUCACCACUAUGCUUAUGCCAGCGAGCAUGGAGAUCUUUUGUGAGCACAAACAAAAUUGUGUAUGUCAAAAGAGUUGUGGAGUUCCUGACAAGCUUGGCUCCACUGACGACACUUGCAAUCAUAUUGUUUCUGUGUUAUUAUUCACAUCAGCUUCUGGAAGCUAACAACACAAAUACAGUUGUGGUAUAUUUCUUCUGCAUUGAAUUAUUUGGCAAUUGGCUGCUAUUUUUUUCCAACAAAAGUUAUAUUGACAAGUCAACAGGAAACAGUGAGCUAGCACCUGGUUUAUCACACGAUGAUUGCAAACAACUGCGCUACUGUCCAACUUGCAAAAUAUAUAAACCAGAGAGAAGCCACCACUGCUCACUCUGUGAUCGAUGCAUCCACCAGCGAGAUCACCAUUGCUUCUUCCUUGGAACUUGCGUUGGAGGCUACAAUUUAUGUUACUUUAUAUUCUUCUGUUUUUAUGCUUGUAUUGGGUGCAUCUAUGCGGCAAUUUUACUUCAUGGAUACUACUCAGGGACAUACUUAAGAUCAUUUUGGUCCUCUCAGUUCCUCUACUACUUUUACCCCGUGACGUUAAUCAUGUGGAUGUGUGGAAAAGCUGACUUAGCUGAGGUUGGAUGGGUCACAUUACUCUAUAUAGCUUCAGCAACAGUUGUUUUUACCGGCUUCUGUGUUUUACAACAGUUGAUCUAUGUUUUAAGAGGUCAGACUGCUUAUGAAUAUAACAAGGGUCUACUCAUGGUGCACCGGUCAGCAUUCCACAAUUUUCUGCAUGUUUUUGGCCGCUACUGGAUCCUGCACCUCCUCAUCCCCUUCCCACGUCGUCGCACUAUCACAGAUCCAAGGAGCUUUCUCAAAAUUGUCUGAGAUGUUGGAAAUUGCACUUUGUGUUUGGUGUUAGUUUGUGAUAAAGGAUGCAAAGUAAUGGUAUUUGUUCUUGAGCAUUUUUGUAAAUAUUUGUACAUUUACACAAUUUGUCUACAUCUGCAGAGAACACUCACAGAGAAAUACAGCAGACAAACACAACAACACCUACACACUUAGACAAACAAACACAUAUGCAUUUGUGGAUGCACACACAUGCACAUCAGUAUAAACACAUGAACUUAUAUAUAUAUGCAGCUAUACAGUGUUUAGAUAUUUAUUAAAGGUAUACUUAAUAUUAUUUGUAGACAGUUAAGAUCUUAAUUUCUUGUAGUUGUGUAUUUAUGAUUAAAUGGAUAAUUGCAAUCAAUAACUAUUCCAGUUUGUCAAACCAGCUUUGAUUCAUAACAGUUCUCAAUUGUUGGUUAAAAAUGCAGAUUGUGCUUGCAGUAAUAAGCUUGAUUGACAUUGUGGUUUAUGAAAUGUAUUUUUUAUGAUGUUAUUUUAUGUUGUAAGUAUUGUAGAUCACUGUUUAGAUACUAUAGUAAGCAGUAGCCUACUUUGAUAAUCUGUAAAUUGUAAUAUUUGUAAUAAUUAUGUUCUUUUAUGCACAUGUGCCCAGUAUGUAGGAAACAAAAUACAAGAGUGUUGUGUAUAUCAAUUUCAUACAUAUCAUUUGAAUUCUGAAGAUGUAUAUACAUUUAUCAUAUAUAACAUGACACAGGUUGUCACAAUAUUUUGGAUUAAGGAUAGCUGUAAGAUUUCUAGGACAGAUAUAGAGACACACAGAUAGAAACAUUGGUAUACUGGUACACACACAGAUUUGCAGUUAUAGAUACACUCACUCACUCACUCACUCACUCACUCACUCACUCACUCACUCACUCACUC